GUCCGACACUUGCAUGGCGGUUCCCGAGCAAAUGCAGCUGAUUCUGCUGGAGACCGCAGUCUCUGUCAUGUGUUAGACGCAUUCUGCACAUGCUUCGUUCCGAGAGUGAAUGCAGGGGAAAACAAAGCCAAGCUUCCCAAUAUAUUCACUCACGUGCGAGCUUCACACCUUCCACGUUCGGAGAAGGCUGCCUGAAACCCAACACACCUUCGCAGGCGGGCUCCAACACCUUUGCUUGCGACAAGCUUACAACGAUCGUCUCAAGAUGGUGUCAAUCAGUACGGCGUUCGUGCUCUUUCAACACGACCACUACCGCAAGCUCCAAAAGCAGAUCAGGGCAGAGCGGCGAGCAAGGGAGCGGCAGCAAGAGGAGGCACGGCAGGCGGAGAAGCGACUCAAAGCCACCCGGAUGUGGAACUAUGCAUACGAUCGAGGCUACGCUGAUGCGAUGCAAAAAUCUGGGAACAAAGGUGAGCUCACUCCCGAUUUCUCCUCGCGCGAUGCCAACGCGGUUCUGACAUCCUGCAAGCAACACUCACCGAUCGUUUCGAGCAGCUGGGGGUGUGGGAGGGUCAAGCAUGGUCAACCACCUACGGCCACCCGCAUGGCAGUGAUGGAAGUGGUGGAUCCGGAUCACAGUCGCAUCGCAAACAUCAUCACUCUGGCGGACAUCACUCAUCAGACCGGAAAGAUCAUCACACCGGAGCGACAAAGCCAGCGACACCAGGCCAAAAUCACUCAAAAGGCAAGGACAAGGUCAACAAAAGUGAUUAUUUGAUGAGCGGCGCAUUGCCACAAGAGACGCCUCCUGCACAGACUACAGAUGGCGGGAAAGAGGGCACAGCUGUCAAAGACUACGGCUACCGAGCAGCCAAGAAGGGAGUCCAGGCUGCCGAGGUGAAGAGCCAACCAGUGAAGUCGGCAAUGAAGGCCACCGCUCCGCAAACACCUCAUGUGUCUCAUCAGAAACCUGGUGAGUGCAGUAGAACUUGCCAACCUCGAGAAAGUGCUGACCGUGAGAGCAGCCAACCCCACAAAAGACUCGGGUCACUCCGGGCAGAAGAAGUCGU